UCCAAUUCCCUCCCAAACUCCUCAAUCGAGAAACUGACAAUGGCGCCGGUGGCUGAUCUCGGCGGAGUUCAGGUUGAGAACGUCCCGUUUCCACCCCAAAUAAAGCCUCCAGCCUCCGCCAAGACUCUCUUCCUCGGCGGCGCAGGAGUUAGGGCUUUGGAGAUCGGAGGAAACUCCGUAAAAUUUACUGCGAUUGGCGUCUACUUGGAGGAGGACGCUGUGGCGCCGCUCGCCGGUAAGUGGAGCGGAAAGAGUGCGGAGGAGUUGAUGGAUUCCGUCGAGUUCUUCAGAGACGUCGUCACUGGCCCUUUCGAGAAGUUCACAAAUGUAACUUUGAUAUUGCCACUGACGGGUGAGCAAUACGCUGAGAAAGUUGCAGAAAACUGUGCUGCAGCUUGGAAAUCUAUGGGAAUCUAUACCGAUGAAGGAGCCGAAGCCAUUCAGAAGUUCAUUGAUGCCUUCAAGAAUGAAACUUUCCCUCCUGGCUCUUCAAUUCUUUUCACCCAUCUACCUCCCAACUCUUUAUCGAUUAGCUUCUCAAAAGAUGGAAGCAUUCCUGAAAAAGGGAGGGCGACGAUAGAGAACAAGCUGCUGAGUGAAUCUGUGUUGGAAUCAAUCAUCGGUAAGAAUGGGGUUUCACCAGCUGCAAGGCUUAGUUUGGCCACCAGAUUCUCCCAAUUAAUGUUGCAAAAUUAAACCCAACACUCACAAAAUUUCUCUGCCAAACAAGACAUCAUCUCAACAACCCAAACCCAUGUGGAUGUUGAUUGUUAAUGUUGGUGAGAAAAAAUCAGCCCCCUCCUUUUCCCACUCCCACUCUCUUGGUUUACUUUUCUUCUUUUUUACGUUGCUUUCUCUUCCGGAAUAAGACACAAAACGACAUCGUUUCAUUUCUUUC